CGUGCAUGUGAAAGCUCAUUUGCAUAAAUCCAUGAGCGUCGCAGCGUUUCCUUCAAUGGAUUUCUUUGUUUAAUUGAGAUUUUUUUUCUCACGUUUGCAUAUCCUCAUUUAUAUAAUGAGUGUCUGCCUGCAAACACUCUCUCGCCUAUGCAAUGAACAAUAGCAACAAAUGGUUUGUAAAUAGAUUUUUUAUAUUCUUGCGUCUGCCUUUUGUAGAAAACGCUCUUUAUAAGAUCUCUAUUUGAUCUUAAUCACUCACUGCUUUCAUAUUUGCUGCAUCUGCGUCCUCCUGAGACAGAAGAGGAAUGUUUUAUUAAGUUAACCGUAAACGUGACGACUGCACGAACACAUUAGAGCUGACAGCACCCCUGACCUCAGUGGCCUUUUCAUGCGUAGCUUUUAAACCAAACAUUUAAAAAAAAAGAUGCAUUCUUUUUUACUAAACGGAGUCCUCUGACAUCAUCUGCAGCUCUAUAAUCAUCCAGGCCACAGCCUUUCCUCAGGGGAGUCCAGCUGAGACCCUCUGCUCACUCUCUCUCUCUCUCUCUGCUUCUACCCCUCGUCUCUCUCUCUCUCUCUAUUUCGCUUUGCCGUUUACGGCCGAGUGUGACACUCCUGAUGGAUGAGUCCAACGCACAACCUCAUACCGGCGGUGUGGAUGAGCAGCUUUUGUGGUUGCGGGGUUUUUCUUUGUGCUCGCAACACUUGGGUUUACUGGAAUGCAUCCUCUGUUAUUCUGUUAGUUUGAGAAAAAUCAUGUUAAAAAGUAAGAAAAAAAUGAAUAUACAGUAAAGGCUAUCUGGGAGGGGUGUGCUGCAUCACUCUGGAAACACCGUGUGAUGUGACCAGCUUGAAUGACACCGGCGUUUAGAAGCAGAAAGGACAAAGAAAAUACCAUUUCUACAAUUUAUACCAGUCCUUAUGUCCUCCGCCCUUCCCCCACACAGGCACAGGUUGCUUCUUAAUGUGCAAACAGUAUGUGUAGAAGUCUUGGGCAAUUUAUCAGUCUUUUGUUUAGAAAUGCAAGUUUUUGGUGUAAUGCUUUUUAAGUUUGCCAAUUUUCCUUCAGUUUCAAGUUACAUUUGUUUCCCCCUCUUAUGAAAAUUAGGGAUGCACCGAUCAGGUUUUUUGCUGCCGAUCACCGAUACCGAUAUCAAAGAAUGCUGAUCACCGAUACGAUCACCGAUACCGAUCACGUGGAUUGGCCAGAAAUUUUCUACAACAUUAUAAUGAGUGCUACAAACUACAUAAUCUGGGAAUAAAGGAAAUGUAACCUAAUCUAAAAUGGUCUGUAUUAGGGUUGUCACAGUGUGAAAAUUUAACCUCACGGUUAUUGUGACCAAAAUUACCACGGUUUUCGGUAUUAUCGCGGUAUUUUUUUUAAACGUGCUACAUUUUCACACAAUUAAAUAAACCCUGUAUGUCAGGAAAUAUUGUCCUCACUUUGUGUCUAAAUUUUGCCUAAAUGUUGUUUAUUUGUUUACAUUUUUUCCCUUUAGUCUUUAAAAUACCAAUAUUUGCCCAUAACUUCUUAUUUUAUGUCUGUUUGAUGUCAUCAUUUUAAAAAUAUUAGAUCAGAUGAUACUCAGUACUCAAGUAGCCUUCUAAUCAGAUACUUUUUUUACCUUUACUUGAGUAAUAAACCCUACAUCAGGAAAUUAUUGUCCUCGGUUUGUGUCCUUCCGGUGAGCUUUGCAGAUGUGGGAAAAUGUCAUCAGGCAGUAAUCAUUGUUAAAUUCAUAAUUAUUCUCAGAGAGAGACCAACUCUUAUCUGCCCCUGGGAGCCCCGUAAUGCAUAGCGUCAUUUCAAUAUGGCGGUGUCCGCGACACGGUUUAUAUGCAGGUAGCGGCGCUGCGGCUGCUUUAUAUAGCGACUCGUUGCAUUCUCCCUCAACCCAAAUCCUCGGAUCAUGCAUUUUAGCUAAGACGCUAACGUUAGCUUGCCUUGCGUUUACUGUAGAGUUGUGGGUGAUGGUCACGCAGAUUUGUUAUGAGAUUUGAAGCGUUGCUGCCUUUCACAGACACUUUUUCUGUACGUGCUGCAAACAGGAUAGCCGUCUUCUAUAAACUCCCUCGGCAUUCUUCAAAUAUCUAAAAUAUGCCCGUACUUCCGACUUUGUCUUCUUUGAGGGAUAAUAAAUGUCCUCCUGAGCGCUGCCGUCUCCUCCUUUGGCCAUUAUUUCAGCUUUAGCUUCAAGAAAGUUUUGGUUGUAAACAACAAAGUGCGCAUGUGCCGCCGGCAACUUCAGCAGAUGAUACGGUGGCUGGUAAGGGUCACCGCGCCUACACCGCAGCCACGGUAAACCCACCAAGAUAAUAUAGUUUUUUAAAAAACAAGACGGUUAUUAUUAUUGUCAACUUUUUUUUUACCGGGGUUUACCGCUACAUUGGUUACCGUGACAACCCUACCUGAUUGGUCUGCUUUGAUCUAUUUUGAAAAUUCCGAUCAAAACCGAUAGGGGCGCUAUCGGCCGAUUACGAUCAAAUGCCGAUCCAUCGGUGCAUCCCUAAUGAAAAUGCAUAUUUUUGUUCCUGCUUCUUUCAUAUAACUCUACAACAACAAAAAAACAAGCAACAAAUCAAAUCUCUUUGCACCAUAAGAGCGUUUCGAUGAAUAGCUGGCAUAUCUCAGCACGACGGGCUGUUUGUUCAUAUGAAAAAGGCAGAAACUGGACAAAAGAAGAAGUGGGAGGCCAGGAAAAAAAAUAUUUUAUACCGAAAGCCCUUCUGAAGUUAUGUUUUGAGAAAACUGGAUAGAAAAAACAAGUCCAGCAAAGACCUGAAAUAGGAGCCGAGAGAUGCAGCUGGCCUUUGAGCCGAUGCAUUUCAUGUUUGCUGGAGCUCAUCAGGAGGUGGUAGAGGAGACGGGAAAGGUUUGGUUAAGCAGCAGAAGAAAUGGACUGAACAUCGAGGGCAGCAGGCUUUACGGGGUGUUUAAUCUACAUUAGAAUUUUUUGGCUCAGAUUAACCAAAAAAAAAAAAGGCGUAAGACUUUUUUUCAUAUUAGUGCAAAUAUUGCAAAAACAAUGAAUGAGGAAUUACUUCAGAAUCUCAUCAGAUUUCUGUCUUUACGUUGAACGUGAGUCCAGUUUUCAGCAGUCUGUGUCCUUGGGUUCUCAGCUUUCCAAACCUUUUUUCCAUUGUUUACUUUUGGAUCUCUGCUUUUUCCUGCUAGACAGGUACUGUGCACCUAGAUUACCCAACGAAACAGCAGUGAGUGUCACAAACAGCCCACGCAAAGCUUUUUAUUAUGAGAACUCUCUUCAGAGCUUAGAAAGACUUUAAAAUGAUUCAGUUUCUAUUUCCAAAUCCCACAAAACAAUCCAUCUCACGGGUAGAUUUAAUAGAAAAUAUCGGGUCUUUCUUGGACUUUGCUGGAGAUUUUUUGUUUUUAGCAUGAUUUGUCCUCAGGCCACUUUUUCUAAUCAAAGAGCCUGUUGAUGAAACUUUUAACAAUCAAAGGCAGUUGAUGUCCGACCUGGAGCGUUCUAAUGUGCUUUAACACAACGCCAAGUGUCAGGAUUAUUGAUUUUCUGAGAACAAUUUGGAUUCCAUCGCUCUACGGUUUAAAGAUGUAUUCAUGAGUGAGAAAAAAUUUAAAUUGUGAAGUUUUGCCGCAGGUCAGACUGCAUUGUGCUCAGAGGAAAUGUACAAAAGCUUCAUCUCAGACUUUGCAGGACCCAGUGUGUGUGUUAAAUGUCAAAGUUCAUGGUAUAAAUAUGUAAACUUUGGUUUGUUUGGAAUGAAAGUGGCAACACCCCGUAGGUUUGCAACUAAACAAACCUUUCCACUUUCAGAGCUACAUUAUCGAGCUGAUUAAAGUGAAAACGUUCAGAAUAAACAGCACACCAGCACAAAACAUUUGUUAAAUUAGCCCAGAUUAUGAGUAUUCUGAGGCCUAGUCUACACGUAGCCGGGGUUUUUUGAAAACGAAUAUCCGCCCCUCCAAAAACUUGCAUCCACACCACCUCGUUUAAAAAAAUAACUCUGUCCACACGUACCCGGAUAAAUACGUUGUUUAGGACAUGCCAGACCUGUAGGUGGCAGUACUUCCCCCGUUCUUAACCUCAUCCUUCGUCUGUGGUCUUCCGCAAGGAGCAGUAAUUCCUCUUGCAAAAACAAACAAGCAAAAAGCGCUUGGACAAUUGAUAAAGCGAGCGCAGCUUUGAGGGCAUCAUGCUGUCGGCUAGUGUAAACACAGGUCGCACACGUGAUGUCAGCAUUUUUUUGUCACGGAAAGUGACGUUGCGGACCUUAAAACUCCAGUUUUGUCUGUCCACACGCAGACACCCAAAACGGAGAAAACGCAGAUCUUCACUUUGGCCGGAGUUUUUAAAAAGAUCCGUUUUCGUGUGAAAAAACUCAGUUUUUGUGUGGAUGACAGGCCAAAACGUAGAAAAAUAUCUACGUUUUGGCAGAUCCCCGGCUACGUGUGGACAGGGCCUAAGUCUUUUAAGGCUAGUCACCAGUGGGUUUAGCACUGCCCUGUGCGGACGUGUGGGAUAAACACACUGGCAACUAGCCUUAAAAAGUGAAGCUGAUGUGAAAUGGAACUACUGUUAAAGCAGAAGUCCAGAGUUUUUUUUAGAGGGCACCAUCUGGAGGCAGAAAAAUGUAUUGCACCUUAAGCCCCACUACCUGCUGGAAACAACACCUCUCAUUAAUGAGCAUGCACCUCUAGCCGGCCAACAGAUCUUAAACAUGUUGCUUUAUUUAUUAUUAUCAUGUGGUGCUGUUUAUUUAUGGGAAUAUAUUUUAAAGAAUUACUUGUCUAUAAAAAAAAUGUUGCCAACUCUGCAUCAGUCCAGGUACUUCCGGAUAAACACACACACACACACACUCUCUCUCUCUCUCUCUCUCUCUCUCUCUCUCUCUCUCUCUCUCUUUGCUUGUCAGCUUUAUGUAACUGAACGUCUAACUCUAGUGGCUAAUGCAGAGCGGCACUCAAUUCAAAUUGCAUGGAGCUGUAUGGGACAGGAAGUGGGCUUAGCAAAAAAAAUGGAAGUAUCGUCUACAUUAUAUCCGAGAACAGGGUCAGACUUUCACUUGAACGAAUUUCUAAAAAAAAAAUCAUGCCUAAUUCUUGAAAAAGGGAAAAGUCCAGAUUGCUGCUUUCAGCAUGGGGGUGGAAAGACAAUGAUUUGUGCUGGCUUCGCAGGAUCUCAGAAGGAACGUCUCUCUGCACCAAAGUGUCUAGAUUCAGAUGUGAGGACAUCUCUCAUUUAGAUUAAAUUUGAACCAAACCAUGUCAUAAAAAAGGACAGAGCACCUAGCAUGCAUGCGGAAUAUCUGAAGGAUACAAAGAAUGAUGUGUUGCUAUGAGUCUUUCAAAGUGCAGACUUCAGUAAAAAUUACCCGUUGUUAAGGUAAGGAUAAAAUUAAAUGUCCUUGGAGCUGGAUAAGGUGCACUUGCUUUUAGCAUGACUCAGUGCAGAGGAUUAAAUAAAAUCUCCCAUCUGGACUUUAUGAUAUUUGAACAUACUGUGAGAUUGUCAUGUUCUGCACCGAGUGGAUGGACUGUAAUGAAGGUGAUAAACAAGGUGGGUGCAGUGACUCAGAGCUGUUCCAUUCCAGUUUCCUUCUCUGCCGCUUAAGUAGCAUUCAACUGUUGAAUUUUACCCCGACACAUGCACUCUCUGGCCCAGUUUCAGUAAUGUUAUCUGAAAGAUCUGGCAAAGCCAACUCUCUUGUUUGCCCUAAUAGAAAAUAAACUCUGCUUGACAAUGUCAUAUUUUUUCAGUGUACUUCGAAUUUGCUACAUCUUGAAAAUGACCUCAAUUAGGCAGCAGCUUCACGCGUAAAAUAUGAUCAUUUCUGAACCUUUCUUAGUUUAUUUUUGCUCACUGUCUUCAAUUUCCUUCUUUCGGAUGAGGGAGCCUCUUGAAGUCAGAGCAAAUAUAGGUCACCGUUGCUGGUGCGAUGGUGUAACAAAUGCCACCACCCCAGCUCACGUGUUGAAUUUUUAUGUAAGAGGGUAGCGUAUAUGUUUGAAGUAAAUCCUUAAAGGAAUGCCGACAUAAGACGGUUUAUUAAUAAAUAUGGCCAAAGGUUCUAGAGAACAUGAUAAGAACAGCAAACAGCAUACAGAAGCAUUAAAGGUGAUUUUAUUGUAGUAAAUCUUCCUUGUAGUUUUGGAGAAAAGUAAAAAAAAAUCCACCGUAAAUCUGGGAUUCGUGGUGUUUUUUUAUGCACAAUGAUGUAAUUUAGGUUAGAAAUUGCUUGAAAUGUAGGAACUUAGCUUUUCACGAUUUGCCAGGGUAAUUAUUAAAUCCAGAGGGUAUGAAUCACUGCUGCUCACCUGUCAGUAAGACACUGGUUUUUACAGAAAAUGUUCGAGUGGAGAGAGCAGCACUCCGAUUUAAAAUAGAUAUAGUUUAGUAACAGUAGCAUGUGACCAUUACAUCAAGCUUGUGUGAGGAAAUGAAUAAAAGCCAGUUUUGAUUAUUAGAAAUUAGGAAAUUGUGAAUGACAUUAGAGCAUGCUUUCAUUGUGUCUGUGCAGCACUUGCAUUUGUUCCCUGCUCCCUUUGUGCUGAGCUCGUUCCAUGGUCACUCUGAUUUCGAUGCAGUGAGCUUUACAGGCUCAGCGAGCUCGUUCAGAGUACAGGCUGUACUCUUCCUCACGGCUUUCUGUUUGCAAGUUUUCCAAUUGUGAUCGCCAGAUUUAAGUCUCUGAAUAAAUACUGAAGUGUUUUACUUUUUAGUCAACUGCUGCUACUAAGAUGUCCCCCGAGACCAACCCCUCUGCAUGGACACCCCCUCAGCUCUUCAAAAACCUAGUGCAGGGUCAGUCUAUGGUUCACACAAACCACACAUUCGUCUUCUUUAUUCAUUGCAUAAAUGUAAAAACCCAAUAAAUAAUCAGUAAAUACAUAAAUCAUUAUGAAACAUAUAUACGAUGCUGCUGCUCAGCGUUUUCAAACGGAAGUAUAAGACAGCAACAGGUGAAUAAGCGGAUGAAUAAAUUAAUGUUGCUAUAAAAUCUAACUUGAAAUGACUGAAAUGUUUUAGUUUCUGAAAUUUGAGGUAAAGUGUUGGAUGCGUCUUGUGUUUGAGCCCUAGUUACCACAAGGACCACGUUGAUAUGCCACCCUACAAUUUUCACUCGCCCCCCCAGAAAAAAUUCUAGGGGCACCACUGGCCUAAUGCUGUGAGCUUUGCCAGACUGUUGCAGCGCUGACUGCUUAAAGCUGCAUUUGAAAGGUCUAAUGGAGGCACUCUUAUGUUUCUAAUAUGACUCAUCGGCUCGGUGACGUUGAAAGGAUUACGAGACAGAGGUGGUUUGAGGAAACGUGGAUGGGGAAGUGCACCGAGAGAACCAAGAGCAAAUAGUUAUCCUGCGGCUGAAUUAAAGAAACAACGAAUCCGCUCAGAUAUUGAUGACUUUUCUCACCAAAGAUCACGCCUCCUUUAAAAGGCAAAAGCAGGAUCUUUAAACAGUGGUAUUAAAAUAUCCUUUCCUGGAAUAAACUGUAGAAAUUGCCUCUAUUUUCUGCUGCUUUGCACUGUUCCGUGUGCUGCCUGUGUGCUCAGAAACUGCAGAUUGUUUUUAAUGACUGGACGCUGCAUUAGCUGUCAGGGAAACAAAAGGUCCUGCUUAAAGCGAUCCUAAGAGGAAGUGCUGAGCCUUUUAUGUUGACAUAUGAUCCUACGGAGUGUAAGAAUGGGCUUGUGGCUGUUUGGCUGCAUAAGAUGAGGCCCCACUAACUCCAUCGCAUAACUUCCUGGCAUAGGAAGCAUCAGGAGCUCAUGCGUUUCAGUGCAGACAAAUCUUAUUUCCUGUGGAUGAGGUGCUUUAUGUGGGUUUGUCAAACUCCAACAGCAUUUUAGCAGAAAACUUUCCCCGCGAUGCGGUUUGCCUUACUGAUGUCACUUUGCAAAUAUUUUUUUUAACGAAUGGCAUGCAGCGAUGAGUUAAAUUAGAAUUUUUUACAUUCAGUUUCCCUUGUUUGUUUUCUUUGUGGUGAACCCCCACCCCCCUCCCAGUCAUCUCUGUGGUGUUGUGCUUGGCAUUUCUUUUCCACUCCUUCCCUUUUCCAUUCGUCUUUUAAAUCCUCUCAUCUGUGCAUUUCUGCCCCGUUUUCCCACACCUCUCUUCAUCUGUUCCUCUAACAUUUUGUUUCUCCGACCCCCCCGUACCCCUCCCUUCUUUUCCCUCCUCCUCUCCCUCCCCAUGUUGGUAAAAAUAUCUGCAGACGGCAGUAGCAUGCCUGACUCUCUCUCUCUCUCAGACAUCCCACCCAUGUGAUCUCACAGGCUGCCUCUGCUCUGCUCCAGUCAGACUCCUGCCUUUCAGCCGGCUUGCAGCUAAUGAGCCUUUGUGUGGCCAAAGAUAGAAAGAGAAGAAGAGUGCAACACAGUGACAGAGAGGGAGUUAAAGUGAGAAAGACUGUCGUCCCGCAACAAUAAAGCACAUGUUACCGACAGUGCAGCCAGAGCUGGAAAAUUACCAGUCUUCCCUCUCACUCUCCUGCACACUUCUUUCUUUCUCAUGGCCGCGGAGCUCAGGGGUCGCUACAAGUCAGUGGACUGAAACAGAGAAGAGAAAGAAAUGAGAAUCUCUUCAUUCAUCACGUUUCGGCUCUUUUGAAUAACCACAUUUGUGACUGUGAGGCUGUGCUACUGUGAGAAGAGGUGAAAGGAGUCACUCUCUGCCAGUGGAUACAGCCGACUCAGUACUGAAGCGGGAGAAGCGCCUGCGGGCGAGGAGGGUGCAUUUUGAGAACGUGACGGUGUACUACUUCUGCCGGCGGCAAGGCUUCACCAGCGUGCCCAGCCAGGGGGGCAGCACACUGGGCAUGUCCAACACGCACACCUGGGUCAGGCAGUACUCCCUGGGUGAAUUUGCCCUGGAGCAGCAGAGGAUCCACAGAGAUAUGCUCAGAGAUCACUUGAAGGAGGAGAAACUCAACUCAAUCAAAGUCAAGCUGACUAAGAACGGGACAGUGGAGUCCGAGGAGGCCGACACGCUCACGGCUGAGGACAUCUCCGAUGAUGACAUUGAUCUGGACAACACUGAGGUGGACGAGUACUUCUUCCUGCAGCCUCUGACCACUAAAAAGCGGCGAGCACUGCUGCGCUCCUCUGGGGUGAAGAAGAUCGAAGUGGAGGAGAAACACGAACUCAGAGCCAUCCGCGUGUCCAGGGAGGACUGCGGCUGCGACUGUAGGGUUUUCUGCGACCCAGAAACUUGUGCAUGCAGCAUUGCAGGGAUCAAGUGUCAGGUGGAUCGGAUGUCAUUUCCGUGUGGCUGCACCAAAGAAGGUUGCAGCAAUUCAACUGGAAGAGUGGAGUUUAAUCCAAUCCGUGUUCGGACCCAUUUCCUUCACACCAUCAUGAAGCUGGAGCUGGAGAAAAGCCGUGAGCAGCAGCAGACAUCCUCGGCCAAUGGUUACUGUGGUGAGGCUAACGACCCAGGAAGUGGGAACCUUUUUGCUCCGUCACAGCACCGUUUGGAGUACUCCCUGUCUGACACGGUCCCUCAGACGACCGGUGUGCACUUGCAUGCCUCAGAUGAGAUGGAGGAGCCACUGGAUGAUGAGGAGGAGGAGGAUGAGGAGGAGGAAGAUGAAGAGGAUGAGGAGGAUAGUAGCAGUGUUUGCAGUGGGUUAUCUGACUCCAGCACACAGAGUUUGGCUAACAGUGACUCUGAGGAAGAGGAGGAGGAGGAGGAGGGUGCAGGGAAGAGUGAGAGUUUUGAGGACGACAUCAUUCCUCUAGCGGUUUCUCACACCGAAGUGGUCCCGUUGUCCUCGGCGAUGUGUUACAACGACAACCACAUCAACGGAAACCCUUACUUGAUGAACUCUACCUCGGCUGAUUACUAUCAGCUGGGGGGCUCCAGCGCCGACUCAAAUGGUCAAACCAGUCAACCCAACGAAUCCUACGGAGAAGCCUUACCAUUCCAAGAUCUGGUCAGUAACGAAAACGCGACGCAGGGACCGUUCAGCAUGGCUGCCGAGCCAUACACCAGCUACUCUGGUCAGGGAGAGGAACAGUACACAGCCGGUCACCCUUUCACUCUGAAUGGUGGCGCUCCUCCAUCCUCUUUGAGCUGCUACACACCGGAUCAGAACAAGGUCCGGUCCAAGGCCGCCUUUGUGGAGCAAUCCAAGAGCCAGACUCCGUUUCAGGACUUUCUGAACAAUAACAGUCAGAGCUCCUGCAGCAAUCACAGUGCAUGCACGACAGCUGAUCAGCCUCCAGAGGAGGCGAGUGCUAAUGGACACUCCGACUUAACCUCACUAGCUAACACCAAGACCCUUCCUUUACCAGACCAUUGCCCUGAGGUGGCAGCCAUUUGACGGACGCCACCUUCCUCAUUAAGUGUUCUUUCAUGAUUAUGUCUUCACUUGAGCAAGUGGCACCUCUCUGAAAAACGAUCGUUGCCUUUUUGUUCCAUUAUCUAACCUUGAAAAGUGCAAAGCAACUUACAAAGAGGCGCCGCAUUUCCAUCUGUAGCUACAAAGCUGCAACAGGUUUGGGCUUUAAUGCCAAAAUGCCACCGAUUAGAAGAAUAAACAUCAAACUGACGUCGUGCUGUGCAGCAUAUUCUGUAUUUUUUGGGAUGUAAAGUUCUAGUUUAAAGCAGAUGUUGUACUGUAGAUUGAACUUUUCUAUGUCUGCUAUGUGUCAAAUGUGCAAAACAAAGUUUAAUGUCAGUUUAUUUAUUGUAGCUGAAUUAAAGUGGAAAAGGUUUUGAUAAAAAGUGCAUGCUGAUUUAGACAUUUGUGAUAUUUGUGAAAUAAAAUUUUUUUUUAAUAUAUAUGUAUAUAUAUGAAUAUGAAAAAGUAGUUUUCCUGCAUUAGUCGUCAUAAUUUAAUGUUUUUUUUGUGAAUUCGAGUACAAAAAGCCUGAAUACUUUUGAAUCCAACACGGAUAUCAGUUGGUUUACAUUUUGCAACUAUAGGGGUUCUGUAGCAUGCAUUUGGUUUUAAUACUCGUUUCCAACCUUCCCCUUUAACAUUUACAGACACGUCAUGAUGAGUAAAAGUGAUUCUUUCAGGCUUUUUGUGAAAGUGAUAACGGAAGAGAUGCAGCUCCACGGUAGAGCAGAGAAUGAAAAUGUUCACAAAAUCCUAUAAUUACGAUAAAUGUUUUAAUUUGAGAUGCAUUCCACUAAAAUCUAACAGGGUUAUUCACGUGGGUUUAUUAUUCAUCCCACUGAUGUACAACAGAUAUUAUAUAUUUCUUCUUUUUACAGUACUGAAGUUUUUAUCUAAAGAACUGCAGUUUUUCUUUUGCUGUUUUUAACAAAGAUUGGUGAUUUAAAGACUUAACUGUCAAAUGUUCAAUCUUGACAAUCAAAGCUCUUUUUUUAAACAUAUAAAACUGCCGAGUCGUGUCAGGCGUUAAAGACAGAGUUGGAGUGACAAGAAAUCUCCAAUAAUCAGUGAAAUGCUCUAAUCUUACAAAAAUUGGAAAUUUUCCCUUAUUGCUCCUGCAUGAAAGCAAACAUUUGCCUUUUUCAAGCAUGCAAUAACUACCAUGACGAGGUGACUGCUCAAGUUUUCGUCAUUCUUUAUGUUCAUUUAUUAUAUCAUAUUUUCACAUAAAAAGGAACCACUUUCAAGUGCCCAACGGCAUAAACACGACCUAUAAUAGAUGUUAUUUGUGCCAAAAGGUGCAGUAUGGAGGCUACUCGAUGACAUAAGAGCAUCCAAUUGGAAUUUCGAGUUAAGAUUCAUUUACAAGUGUUUAUUAUGAAUGAAUUAUUGAAAUGUGUAUUUACUGUGGAAGUCUGUAAUGAGUAAAUCGCUUCACUAUCUUAAGAUGGUCUUUUGUUUCAUGCUUGUGAGUUGUAACGCUUCAUGUGCCUGAUUAUGUAGUUCUGUUUCAUAUUUAGUGAAAUGCAGAAGAUUUGCACACACUUUUUUCCCCCUCCGAUGUGUUUCAGCUGUAAAUAGAACGGACAUGAUUUUCAAAAUAAAUUUUAUAAACCUG